AUGCACCGCUCACGCCUGCUCGUGCGCCCCUGCUCGCGCCUCCUCUCAACCAGCGCACCCACACGCGCCGCCUCUGCCGCACCCGCGUACCGACCGCCCGUCGAGCCCGGCACCCUCCCAGCGUUCGACGCCGCAGUCGACUACAUCGCGCGCGACCGCCAGCAGAAACUCGACAAGCUCGAGCAGUUGAGGAAGGAUGCGGGUGCGACAGAGACGCAGCUGGAGAAGCUCGAGGUCGAGGCGUGGAGCAACGACCCAGAGACCCGAUGGAGGGCAAGGAACGGACUCGCCGACUUCUCCAAGCCCGUCUACCGGCACCUCGCCGAGCGAGCAUGGCGAAACGAAGGCGACCUCGCUAUCCUCAUGCAACGCGUGACGCAGAUGAACGUCAUCCCCGACGUCGUGGGCGACAUCUACCCCGAACUCGACUUGCGGAUCCAAAUUGCAGGCGAGACGAUCGAGCCGGGUGUCUUUACGCUUCCUGCGCAGACCCGGGAAGGGAUCGAGGUGUCGGCUCAGGUCUUCCACCCGGAGGAGAAGCUGUACACUUUGCUCCUCGUCGACCCUGACGUGCCUGACGAACUGAACACCUCGUUCACCACCUACGCGCACUGGCUCAUCCCCAACAUCCCUCUCAGCGCCACCACCUCUCCCACGCUCUCCUCCCUCCCUCCCGCCACUCUCUCCUACACCCCUCCGCACCCGCAAAACGGCACACCCUACCACCGCUACACCCUCCUCCUCCUCUCCCAACCCUCCCCGCUCUCCCUCCCCUCCGAGAGCGAGAUCAAGAGGCGCGGAUUCGACGUCCGUUCGUUCGUCGCCCAACACAAGCUCGAACCCAAGGGCGUCAGUUUCUUCCGCCAGGUUUGGGAUAGGGACGUUAGUGCUAUCUACCGCGAGGUCUUUCAAAAGCCUGAGCCGAGGUUUGCUAGGAGGAUGCCGGACGAGGGGAAGGACGAGCAGAGGCCGCCCAAGUAUGAGCUUUACUAG